AUGGCUCAGUGUUGGAGACAACGAAAGUAUCCUGUUACAUUUCAAUUUUGUGCAAAAUCGAGAUCCGAUCGUAUCGAACUGUACGGUUCAUUUUCAAAGACGAGUUGGACAGAACCUAUUGCAAUACUGACAUAUGCUUAUCAAAGAAACGCAGAAGAAUCUGUUUUCAGUGAAGUCAUACAACUCGUACCCGAUUCCUACGAAUAUAAAUAUAAAAUCAAUAACAAACAUUGGUGUUUGAAUCCAAAUGAAAGAAAAAAUAAAGAUAAUAAUGUUCUUGAUAGAGAAGAUUUCAUGCAACUGAUUCUCGACCGAUACGAUGCACAAGAGACAAUUACACAAAAUGGACGAACCCGUUACCAUGACGUUGGUAUGAUUCUCUACACUGAUCAUCUGAUGUUCGAUGUGGAAUUGAUUGUCAAUGAUGUGAAUCGUUACAAAGCACAUCGAGCGAUUCUAGCAGCUGGUUCCGAUUAUUUCGCAGCCAUGUUUCAGAGUGGUAUGACGGAAUCUACCAGCAAAACUAUAUCAUUACAAGUCAACGAUGUUCAAGUAUUCCCAGAUAUCUUAAAGUAUCUUUACACUGGCGUGAUGGACGUCGCAAAACUCACCUUUGACCAAUUAGAAUCGCUAUUAGAAAUUGCUGACAUGUAUCAAAUUCUAUCCUUAUACAAAGUUUUGCUGAAUUCUCUUGCAAAUGAUAUCGAUGCAAAUAAUUGCUUACGUUUAUUAUUCUUAGAGAAGUAUCUCUCCCAUAACUGGGCGACCAUACGCAAGCAAUGCAUUGAGGCUGCGGCGAAAUAUUUUCUCUAUGUUUGCCAUCAGGCAGACUUUUUAAAACUUCCUCUCGAUGUUCUAACAGAUAUUCUCGAUCAUACUGGUCUUGUUAUAUCAAAUCAAGCAAUGUUGCAUGCGGCUUUACAACGUUGGCUAGUUAAAUCCCUGACGCAAAAUCCGAAAGGAAAUCUUAAUGAUGAAUUAUCGAAAUAUAUGAUUUCUGGCUUAUACACAUUUGCUUUUGAAAAUUGUUCGAAACUUUAUAAAGUCCCAUCAACGAUUGUCUGCUUUUUUGCCGAUGGUACUGAACGAUAUACAACAAUGACAAUCAAUUCAAUAAAUUCUUUCUUAGCAUCGACACCAAAUGUUAUGGUUGGACUGUUAGUGAUGAAUGAAGAUACGAAAUCCUUAGUUUUGAAUAACAUUGGUCGACAAUACCAUUACCGAAUUUUAUGUAAAUCAAUUUCAAGUUCACCAAUUCUAAAAGACUGGAAUUUAACACAGUAUAAACUUGAUAUUAUCAAAUUUUCUUAUGAUGGAUUCGAAGAAAUCUACUGGAUGGAUUCCGAUACGGUCAUUUACAAUAAUAUGACAUCCAGUUUACAUGAUUUUCGUUCAUCUUCACAAAUGUUCUACUUUAUUCUUGACCAUGUUAUGUACGAUACCAAUUUCAUGAAGAAAUGGUGUGAACAGCAUCCGUUAGCAAUGAUACCACAAGCUUGUUUUAUGGGAUUCAAAUCAACUGUCAUCUCUUCGUUCUUCUCCCUGUGGAAACAAGCAUGGAUUAAAUGGAUUGAACCGCAGCCUUUCUCAGUUUAUCAAGAUCCGAAUCCAUCGUUUCCCGGUUCAGCUUUCUGCAUCGAACAAUACGCAUUAGGCAAUGCUGUUUAUCAGUUUCUCGUCAAAGAAAAUUUCAAUACACACAGCACUGCAAUAUCGAACUACAUCAAAACUAUCGCUAGAAAAGUGAUUCCGAUCACAGUCAAACAAGUGAAACAAACUAAGAAUAUGUUGCAACUCAACCAUAUUGUUGGUCGCGUGCCAUGUAGUUGGUCAGGGUCCGGUUGUAUACCUCUGAUGUGUUCGUUCUUUCGAUACACAAGCAAUUGGUCUUGCACAUACUUAGGUAGAUUACCUGUGGUCAGUUGCAAUCAAUCGUCUAAUAGUAUGUUCGUCGAUGAUUUUCUUGAUUGUUUAUUACAUUUUUAUAACCAAAAUUAUGAGGAUGGAUAUCAAUGGUAUUUACAAAACCUUCUCCCUAAAUAA